AAUUAUUCGUUUGAAUUUUGUUAAAUUUGCUAUGUCUAGUUUAAGUCAGUUUAUAGAAGCCAUGAUAUUUCGUCUUCAGGUGGGCUGAGCUUCGGCCUUAUCUUUUCAUUGUACACGCGCUAAAUUUCGUUUCAAAUAUAUUAAUUUAUCAUUCGUGCAGGAGGCAGUGAUCUCCUUCGGCUGUUGAUGAUCGCAUCUAAUCUAUAUUUCAGCUCACAGCUAUUAUCGCUGCCUCUUAUUUCUACCUCGCUUAUUGUUGCUUCUUAAAGGACAAUCAUUUCUUACUGUACACGUCACUUGAUUGCAUGGAGUAGCAUAAGGUAAAACCGACACAAGUAAAGAAUAUACUGUUUCUGAAAAUAUAAUCUUCAACUAGUGAUGCGAUCAUCGAUGCUUGAGAUUUAAGAAAAGCAGGACUUGUUAUCCUGUCAGGAGACGUGUAUUAAAUCUAGUUCUAUUAAUUUGUUAAAUAACUUGCCACAAAUAGUCUGAGUGGUGGAGUGUAGGCCUAUCUGCCAAAAUGAAUGUUCGAAGUAAGUCAAUGAGGGAGACAUCAACGAGGGCUAAGCCCCGACGGAAUGUGAGGAUGAUGUCUCUACCAGAGGGGAAGCUGUUUCAUAAUCCAGAAUUAGAAUAUAAGGAAGUGGUGCAGAAGCUCGUCGUUCGACAGGCUUAUGUUAAAAAAGGUGAUGACAAAAGACGACAAAAGCAUUUAGUACAAGAAUUACGGCAAGAUCUAUCAGAGAUAAGAUACGAGGCCCAAGAAUCAUUCCAAGCAAUGCAUCAAGAUUUACGUCGCACGGAACAACCAUCAGCGGCUGCUGUUCCGAUAGAAGAGGACGUUUAUGCGAGCGAUACGCUGAAAGCAAUGCAGAAAUUAAUACAACCUAACAAAGAUGAAAAGUAAAGUGCAGAAGAAAUAGAGAACUGAUUGAAUUACUUUACAUGAAUUUGAAAAUGUAAACAAAGAAUUGAAUUAUCGUGUGUUACUAUUGUGAGUAAAUUACACAAUGUAAUUAAAUUUUUCAAUACCAUAUAUGGUACAACAAUCUCAAUCUUGCUUAUAGUUUUCAUAUCUUCUUAUAAACACCUGACUCUGAAUAUUUCACAUUAGAUAUAAAACUUUUUAUGGGUUUCUGACAUUGAGUAAUGAUUUUUGUACAAGAUUUUUUUUUAUGAAGCUUUGUAUGGUGAUGUUGAUGUUCAUGUAUUUAUAUUGGGUGUCUUUCACAAUUGAUAUUCUCUCAUCUCAUUUUUUGUAUGAACAUUUUAAACCAGUUUUAUGACAACCAGGAGGAGUGAUUCUUACUCACUCACUUCUCCCUGUGAGUAUCAAAGAAAAAUGACAUAAAAGUUCUACUAUAGUUAUUCAUCAUUUAGUAUCUUUUAUAGGGAACUGUGCAUUAUAUUUAACAACUUACAGUAUUUCAUCAAAAUUUUAUUGUAAAUUUUAAUAAGUUCAUUCUUUCAUAUGUCUAUCAUUUUUUUUCAAAGUAAAAUUUAAACUAAUUCAUUUUUUAUGUAAAUAAAUUCAUUGUUUCAAAAUAAGGAGCAGGGUUACAUUUACAAACAUUCUUAGCCAUCAAGAUGAAGUUAGCUACUGUUUUAAAAAUGUAAUUGUUUGUACUGGAUUUAAAAUGCAAUAUCUGAGUUAUUAACAAAUAACUGUAUUUUGUUUCAUACAUAGUUACAGUAUCUUAAUUUAAUUACCAUCAGUACAAAAAUUUAUCAUUUUUUUUCUUUUGAGUAUUAAAAUUAAUUUGUACUUUGGGUUUAAAGAUCCAUAGAUAAGGUGCUGACUCAUUUCAUAGUAAUUAUCUUUGACUUUAGGGAAUACUUUUAUUGUAUUCCGAGUUCAAAGCCUGGUUAUUGCCCUUUCAUUUUCUGUUAUUUGCAUUUGUCAAAAUAAUACUUUCAUGGUAGUAAUG